AUGAAGCGAGUUUACCUGGUCCGGCAUGGAGAGGCCUACCAUAAUUUGGGGGACCCGCUCGACAAUGCCGAUAUGCAUGACCCCAUCCUGACUAAGACCGGUAUUCAGCAGUGCGAGGGUCUGAGAAAAAAGCUUGCCGACGCGAAGUUGCCGUUUGACAUAAUCGUCUCGUCGCCCUUCCGUCGGGCCCUGCAAACGGUAGAGCUAGCGUUAACCGAGUAUCUUCAAGGCGACAACCGCCUGCCUCACGUAGUAGUCUCUCCACUCUUUGAAGAGUUCGGAGACCUCCCAUGCGACCAUGGGAGCCUCGUCUACGAACUCGAACGGCAGUUUCCCGCCUUCAACUUUGAACAAUGCAACGACGGGAUCUUUCCAGAAAAACAAGAUCUGUAUGCUUCCACUCCGGACAUGUUGAAAAGACGGUGUCAAAUUGCGAAGCGAUUUUUGGAUUCAUUGCCGUAUGACCGUAUUCUCGUCGUUACACAUGCAACCUUGCUUCGUUUCCUUCUAAGUGAUCUCAACUCAUCUGAGGCCCCGGUUGCCACACCGCGAAACCAUUUUCAAAACUGUGAACUUAAGGCUUUUGACUUGAAGAAACUCGCGAACGGAGACUGUGUAUUUGAAACAGUCGCUUAA